AUGGAGAAGUAUCGAUAUAACGAGAAGUAUCGAUAUAUCGAAAAGUAUCAAUAUAUCGAAAAUACCGAUAUAUCGAUAAGUACCGAUAUAUCGAAAAGUACCGAAAAGAUAUCGAAAAGUAUCGAAAAGAUAUCGAAAAGUAGCGAUAUAAUAUCGAAAAGUAUCGAAAAGAUAUCGAAAAGUAUCGAAAAGAUAUCGAAAAAUAUCGAUAAGUAUCGAAAAGAUAUCGAUAAGUAUCGAAAAGAUAUCGAUAAGUAUCGAAAAGAUAUAGAUAAGUUUCGAAAAGAUAUCGAAAAGUAUCGAAAAGACAUCGAAAAGUAUCGAAAAGUUAUCGAAAAGUAUCGAAAAGAUAUCGAAAAGUAUCGAAAAGUUAUCGAAAAGUAUCGAAAAGAUAUCGAAAAGUAUCGAAAAGAUAUCGAAAAGUAUCGAAAAGAUAUCGAAAAGUAUCGAACAGAUAUCGAAAAGUAUCGAAAAGAUAUCGAAAAGUAUCUAUAUAUAUCGAAAAUAUCGAUAUAUAAGUACCGAAAAGAUAUCGAAAAGUACCGAAAAGAUAUCGAAAAGUAUCGAAAAGAUAUCGAAAAGUAUCGAAAAGAUAUCAAAAAGUAUCGAUAUAUCGAUAAAAAAGAUAUCGAAAAGUACCGAAAAGAUAUCGAUAAGUACCGGAAUGAUAUCGAAAAGUACCGAAAAGAUAUCGAAAAGUACCGAAAAGAUAUCGAAAAGUACCGAAAAGAUAUCGAAAAGUACCGAAAAGAUAUCGAAAAGUACCGAAAAGAUAUCGAAAAAUACCGAAAAGAUUUCGAAAAGUACCGAAAAGAUAUCGAAAGGUACCGAAAAGAUAUCGAAAAGUACCGAAAAGAUAUCGAAAAUUACCGUAAAGAUAUCGAAAAGUACCGAAAAGAUAUCGAAAAGUACCGAAAAGAUAUCGAAAAGUACCAAAAAGAUAUCGACAAGUACCGAAAAGAUAUCGACAAGUACCGAAAAGAUAUCGACAAGUACCGAGAAGAUAUCGAAAAGUACCGAAAAGAUAUCGAAAAGUAUCGAAAAGAUAUCGAAAAGUAUUGA